GGUUAAAUGAGUAAAAAUAUUAUUAAGUGAUAAAUAAAGUAUGAAGAAUGAGUUAGAAAUAAAGGAUAUGUCAUUAGAAGAGGUUAAUAAGGUAUAUGAAGACAUGAGGAGUGAAUCGGUAGAAAAUGAGGAGCAAAAAAAGGAAUUUACGGGGGAAGAAAAGGAAUGUAUAUCAUCAAUGCCUAGAAUGAUAGAAUCAGGGUUAGAAUUUAAGGGAGGACAUAGAUUAUGUGAAUCAUCAGUUGUUUCGGAUACAACGGUAUCGUCAUUAGUUAAUAAUUUUGGAAAUGAUAUGCAUAUGUUAGUUCAACAGAUGAUGAAAGAAAAGAUAUCGCUUCAUACGCAGAAUAUGCAGCUUUGGAAAAUUAUUGAUAAGCAACGUGCGAUGAUUCUAGAGCUUCAAAAGGAUCUAGAAAAAGCAUUUAAGGAAAAAAAGAAAUAUUAUAAUUUAUGGACAAUAUUAUCGAAGAGAAAAGUUUCUAAUAACGUAAAGGAUAUGGAUGCAGUGCAGGAAGUAUUUCCAAAAGCCUCAUCAAAUUUUAAUUCGACUUCGAAUAAACGAGAAUCGCAAAAAAAGACGAUCUUAAAUGAAUCACAUAUGCCUAAUACUGAGAAUUCGGAAUUUUCGUUAUCAUAUUCUGAAGAGAGAAAUUUCUCUAUUUUAAAUGAUACUUUAGAUGAUUAUUUUUUAAGCACAGCGCAACCAUAUCCUCAAAUUCGAGAUAAAACAUUACCAUCAAUACCUCAGAGAGAAAUUCAACAUGGGGCUAGUGUGUUGGAUCAACCGAAUCCAAAAAAAUCAUCUAAAAGUCCUGUCUUAAUGCCAAAAGAACAGGAAAUUAAUAGGACUUAUGAUCAAUCAAAUAUUUCAAUUCACACGCAAUUUCCUAUCUAUCCAGAAGAAAUACCUGCAUAUAAAAAGUCCAAUAUUACUUAUAAAAAUCCGGAUAAUAGUGCUCAAGAUUUGAAUACCAGUAAUAAUUCAAAGAAUUCUGAACAUGAUAAAUUAUAUUUUUCGAAAUAUGAUGAAACAAAUCAAUCUUUAGAACUAAAUAAGGACAAUAUAAUGAAAAAUGAAGAUACCGAAAUCCCGUUAAUGAAUUUUUCUACAUCAUGUAAACCAGUUUCUGCAUUUACUGGGGAAUCAAUUGUUUCAUUAAAUGUAUCGCAAAAUUACAGGCCAAAUUUAGAACAAGAAUAUCAAUUUUUAUCAUCGUUAGGACAAGAUAAUUCAAAGCAGGAUCCAUCUAAUAAAUCUAACAAAACCAAUUAUUCUAGAAAUCUGGAAAUGAAAGUUUCUCAAGAAAAUAUUUUAUUAAAACAAGAUAAUGCUAAGGCAUAUGAGUCUGAUUUAAGCUCAUCUACUUCUAUUGGCCUUGCAUCUAAAACUAAUCCUAGCUCUCAUGAAGACUAUUUAGAUAAAAUAGGUCAAGUUUUUGAUACUUUAGCAUUAAAUGAAGAAAACGCUGGGGGUUCUCUUUGCUUCCCAUCUGGAUCCAGUUUAUAUCUUCCUUAUAACAUUUCAUCAAUUAGUCUUAGAGUUUUAAACUCAAAGUUACGUAUGGGGAAAAAUAAAGAGGAAGUCUUUUUUUCAAUUGGGGUUUUUCAAAAUACAGACAAAAAAAAGGAACUUUGGAGAGUAGAAAAAAGUGUGCAAAAGAUAUUAGAUUUUGAUGAUAAAUUAAAACGUGUUUUACUUUAUUGGAAAAUUCCUGAUAUCAGUAGUCUUAAUACUCAAAGUACAACUCGUGUUGAUCAACGUAAGGCUUUGUUAAAUCAAUAUUUAAAGCAUAUUCUUUCAGUCCCUUUAGAUGAAUCUGCGCACUCACUUUUAAAUGACUUUUUAAACACUGAUAUUGAAAUACAGACUAACCCUCAGGUUUUAUAUGGCAAACAAAAUACAACUGAUGAUGAAUAUUUCAAUGAAUCUGAUAUCGGGCCAUCUGAUCUUAUAAAAAAAGAAGGUUAUUUAACUAAGCGUGGGAAGAAUUUUGGGGGAUGGAAAUCAAGAUAUUUUGUCUUAGAUGGCCCAAUUCUUAAAUAUUAUGAGACUCGAGAUGGUAUUCAAUUGGGUAGUAUUAGACUUUCUCAGGCUCAAAUUGGUCGUCAACAAUUACAAACACAUUCAAAUUUAUCCUUUGAGUCUCAUCCAGAUAUUUCAUAUGAUGAUAAUUCUUAUCGACAUGCAUUUUUAAUUCUUGAGCCUAAAAGAAACUAUUCGUCAAAUUUUAUUAGACAUGUUUUAUGUGCUAAAUCAGAUAAAGAUUGUGAUGAAUGGGUCCAAGCUCUUAUGCAAUAUGUUGAUAUUAAUAUUUCAGAUAAUUUUAUUAUGUCUAAUAAUGCUGAAAAGAAAGAACGCAAGUAUUUUUUUAGAAAACAUUCUAUAUUAGCAGAUACAUCACGUCAUUCAGCAUCAGUAGUUGCUAAUAUUAAUCCAUAUCAAAUGUUGAAUAAUGAAUUAAAAACUACACCAGAGAAUACCGAGAGUAAUAUUGUAAAGUUAACAGAAUCUAAUUAUAUCGAAAAUAAUUCAUUAUCUUCUCCUACAGAUAAUUUAAAGAAAAAUAUGUCUGUUGAUUUUACAUCAAACCUUUCAAAUGAUUUAUUUGGUAGCUCUAAAGUCAUACAAACAACAGAGAAUUCAUUAAAUAAUAUGAAAUCAUAUGAAAGUAACCCUUCUGGGAAUUAUGUAUCUGACGAAUUCUUCAAAUUAGAUAAAAAGUUCAAGAAAAAGGGUUUCUGGAGCUUUGUAAAUAAAGAUGUAAAACAAAGGCCUCAUGAGUCAAUGUCUCAUGAGUUGCAAACAUCUAGUAACAAUGAUUUAAAUACUCACACAUUAAAUUAUAACUUUCAUAGCAUAUUUGGAGUUCCGUUGUCUGAAGCUGUUUAUAUUAGCCGAUUGAGUUUAGAAAUAGAUAUAAUGAUACCAAGCGUGGUUUAUCGUUGUAUAGAAUAUUUAGAUAAUAACAAUGCUGAAAAAGAAGAGGGAAUAUAUCGCUUAAGUGGUUCAAAUACAAUAAUUAAGUCUUUAAAAGAUAGAUUUAAUGCAGAGGGUGAUGUCGAUUUACUAAAUUCAGGAAAAUCUUAUGAUGUUCAUGCUAUAGCUGGUCUUCUAAAGCUUUAUCUUCGUGAGCUUCCUACGAAUAUUUUAACAAGAGAAAUGCAUUCUCAGUUUUUAUCAUCAUUGGAUAUCCAAGACGCUGAAAAAAGAGUCGACACUUUAAACAAACUUGUUCAUUCUCUACCUGAAGAAAACUUUUGUCUUUUGCGUAUUUUAAUUAACCAUUUAUAUCGAAUUGUAGCUCAUUCUGAUCUAAACAAAAUGACCUGCCAUAAUGUAGGUAUCGUCUUUUCUCCUACUGUAAAUAUACCUGCUGGAAUUUUUUCUCAAUUUUUAAUACAUUAUGAUAUUAUUUUUGAAAAUCAGACCACUUCAACUACUACUUUCACUUCUAUACAACAAUAAUACAAACUUCCUACAAAUUCACUUCUUGUUUUAUUAUCAAAUCUU